AUGUCACAACAAAAUGGCAUUUCCGUCGAUGCUGCACCGGAAGCAGCGCAGGCAGAGCCAAAAGGAGCGCUUGCCUACUUGAAUAAAUUGUGGGUUUACCGCAAGUACUUAGUUAUUGAACCGUUUUUCUUUUUCUACUUGAUGGCCAGUAUUUUCAAUGCAGUUGCAAUGCAAAAUUUUCCACUUGACAAGGCUUGCCGCGUUAAUUUAGGAUAUAGUAAACUUGUCUGCGAUACGACUUUGGACAAAUCGGAAUUGGGUAUAGAAUGCGAAGGAUUCAGCUUUGAUAAUACUACGCUGGGCGCCACUGCGCAGGAUGCUACGCUCACCAUUAGCUCAGUGGGCUUCAAUUACACUGUCUGCAAAGCUGAAGUCGAGGCGCAGAAAUUAGCCGCAGAUGUAUCCGGGAAACGUGCACCUAUCGCCGCCAUCUUUCCAUUGAUUGUUCUUCUUUUCGCUGGUGGCUGGUCCGAUCGUUACAACAAACGCAAGCCAUGUAUGAUUAUGCCCAUUGUUGGCGAAUUUUUCUCCUUUACAUGUUUGCUUAUUUCGGCGAUCUUUUUCGACUCUCUGCCAAUGGAAUUCGGUGCAUACUGUGAGGCGAUUGUUCCAGCCUUAUUCGGUGGACUUACAUUUUGUUUGAUGGCUGUCUACAGUUAUAUAACGAUAGCAACACCGGAGGAAGAUCGUAUAUUCAGAUUUGGUAUUUUUGCAAUGUUUGUAACAGCCGUACCUUUCAUCGGCCAACCGAUAAGUGGUUUUCUAUUUCAACAGCUGGGCUAUAUUUUUUCCUUCGGAAUGGCUGCCUCAUUUCAAAUAAUCGCCAUACUCUACAUCAUUUUCUUUAUCAAAGAGGUCAAACCUGCACCUAAAGCUAAAGUUGAAGAUGUUCCGCCGCCAUUGCCUGCACAUGGACCGCCAUCUCUUGGCGCCGGCAGUGAUAAUUUGGCUUAUGACCAAACGGGUACUGAUGAAGUGGAUAGAGUGAAAAACGUCAGCUUUGAAUUGAAUUCGCGCUUACAGCCAGCCGAUAAGUCGGCACAAUUGUCACAUUCAGAAAGUGUAGCGCCAGUGAGACGUUCCUUCCUGCGUGAAUUUUUCGAUCCAACUUUAGUGAUAGAUUGCAUAAAAUUUCCGUUAAUAAAACGCCCUAAUCAUGGAAGAAUGCUGCUGAUUUUAUUAAUCAUUGCCUAUUUUCUAACGCUUGGACCCGUAUCAGGAGAGAACGAUUAUUGGUAUCGUUACACGCUGAUCAAAUUGAAUUGGAAUGGCAAUGAUUUCAGCUUUUUCUUCACAUUUUCCUCAGCAGCUGCAUUAAUAGGUACUUUCAUCGGCACCGCUAUACUUAGUAAAUUAUUGAAAUUUGCCGACUCCACUAUUGGCAUUUUAUCAGCUGUGGCCAUUGUUAUAUCUCGAAUUUUAUUUGCUUUCGCCAAGGAUACGAAGUCCUUCUAUGUUGCUGGUGUUGUUGAUAUGUUCGUGAGUUUACGCGUAAUUGCUAUUAAAACAAUCGGUUCCAGCAUUGUUGAUGGCGAGGAAUUAAGUAAAAUGUAUUCGAUAUUUGGCAUUAGUGAGCCAAUUGGACAAUUUAUAUUCCCGCCAAUAUUUAGUGUCAUAUACCAGGAUACCGUGGAAAGCUUUCCGGGCGCUAUUUUCCUAUUUGGUGAAAUAUUUUACAUACCUAACGUUCUGGUAUUUGUGCUUUGCUACAUAAUUUUGCGCCGGAAUAAAAAUAAGACAAAGCAGACACCACCAGAAGUUACGAAUGGGAAUGCUGCCCACGACAACCCCGAUUUUGAAAUAACUAGUCUAUAAUUGAAAUAAGCAACAUUACUGAGCAACGGUUAGCAUAAACACGAUGCUCAAAUUAUUCCUGUCAUUGGUUGUUCUUUGCUUCGUGGCAACUUCAUUUGGUCAAACAUUUCAAUACUCCCACGGUUGGACCAAUGGCAAGCGGGCACUCAGCACACACAGGGAUGUCGAUAAUUCCGAAAUGCUCGGUGUUCAACAAGACGGUGAUCGCAGACUGGAAAGGUGUCUCAUGCAGCUGCAACAUAUACUCCGCAAUCCCCUGCAAAUUCGUGCCGGCGUGCAAGCCAUGACUCCAACAAACAACAAUGGCAACAACAACCCAUUUGGAAAUCAUCAUCAAUCAAAUGAACUUUACGAAGAAUUGAAUGCU